UUUUUGUUCUAAUGAGAUAUGAAUAAGUCCAAAAUUAUAAACGACAACUUUUUAUAAUAAUAAGUAGAUAUAAAGUAGGAUUCUAUUUUAACAAAUGGGCCUUUAAUUAAAGCCCACUUCUACAAUCAAAACGACGGUCAGGGCGAAAAUAGAUUAUGAAAUGGAGACGUCACUUGUACUUCCUUUCAUCGAUAUCUCUUCGCCGGAAAAGAUAUCCACCGCACAGUUGAUUCGUAAGGCAUGUCUCGAACAUGGAUUCUUCUAUGUCAAGAACCAUGGCAUCUCUGAAGAAUUGAUGGAAGAGGUUUUUAGGGAGAGCAAAAGCUUCUUUAAUCUCCCACUAGAUGAGAAGAUGUCUUUACUCCGCCACGAUCUUCUCGGUUAUACUCCACUCUAUGCUGAGAAACUUGACCCGUCCUUGUCCUCCUCCACAGGUGAUUCGAAGGAAAGCUUUUACUUUGGCUCUUUGGAAGGAGCUCUGGCUCAGCGUUAUCCAAAUCAAUGGCCUCCUCAAGAUCUCUUGCCAUCAUGGAGGCAAACCAUGGAAUGUUACUACAAGAAUGUUCUAUCCGUCGGUCGAAAGUUGCUCGGCUUGAUUGCCUUGGCGUUGGAUUUAGAUGAGGGUUUCUUCGAACAAAUUGGAGCCUUGAAUGAUCCUACAGCAGUUGUUCGCCUCUUACGCUAUCCAGGUGAAGUGAUUUCGUCGGAUGUAGAAUCAUAUGGUGCUUCCGCCCACUCGGAUUACGGGAUGGUCACUCUUCUUUUAACUUAUGGAGUCCCAGGACUUCAGGUUUGUAGAGACAAGUCAAGACAAACACGUGUUUGGGAAGAUGUGCCUGGAAUUAGAGGGGCGUUUAUUGUCAACAUUGGUGAUAUGAUGGAGAGAUGGAGCAAUGGAUUGUUCCGGUCUACAUUGCACAGAGUGAUGCCUGUUGGAAAAGAACGUUACUCGUUCUUUUUUUUUUGCCCAGGUGGUUUUCUUCUUAGAUCCCAAUCCAGAUUGUAACGUGGUAUGUUUGGAGAGUUGUUGCAGCGAAACUUGUCCACCAAGGUUCCCGCCUAUCCUCGCCGGCGACUAUAUUAAGGAGCGUUUCAGGCUAACCUACGACUCUUAGUUCUAGUCUGUAUGCUUCUUUUUAUUUUGUUACGAAAUGUAAUAUAUAUUAGCCCACUAUCCCUUUCUCAAAAAAAAAAAAAAAAUGUAAUAUGGUAUUCAACAUAUAAUGCAUGAAUUUAUGGUA